GCGUUUAUUCACGUGACGUUAUGUUGUGGUUUAUCUACGGCGGCUCCUCUAAACUUACCGUGUUAUGUGAAUGACAGCAUUAUGAAUUACACCUGCUUCCUCCUCUUCUUCGGCUUCUGCCUCUGCUUCAGUGGCGCGGCUUCACCGCCCAACUUCGUCCUGUUGUUCGCAGAUGAUUUAGGUUUCGGGGAUUUGGGUUGUUAUGGACACCCAACUUCGCUGACGCCGAACCUAGACCGACUGGCUGCGGGAGGACUCCGCUUUACAGACUUCUACUGCAGCAGUCCUGCCUGCAGCCCGUCUAGGGCGUCAUUGUUGACAGGACGUUAUCAGACUCGCUCGGGCAUCUAUCCAGGAGUGUUGUACCCAGGCUCUGUGGGUGGUCUUCCCCUGAAUGAGACCACCAUCGCUGAAGUCUUGAAACCUCUGGGCUAUGCUACUGCUGCCAUAGGGAAGUGGCACCUGGGAUUAGGAAAAAAUGGGACAUUUCUCCCAACGAAGCAGGGGUUUGAUCAUUUCCUGGGCAUCCCCUACUCUCAUGACCAGGGUCCCUGCUCAAACCUGACUUGUUUCCCUCCAGAUGUGAAGUGUUUCGGAGUGUGUGAUGUUGGUUGUGUAACUGUCCCGCUUAUGUACAAUGAGGUCAUCAAGCAGCAACCAGUCAACUUCCUGGACCUGGAAGAGGCUUACAGUGACUUUGCAACCAAUUUCAUCUUCACAUCAGUCAAGAAGAAACAACCUUUCUUCCUCUACUAUCCCUCCCAUCACACUCACUACCCCCAGUAUGCAGGUGAAGGGGCAGCUGGAAAGACUCAAAGGGGCCAAUUCGGAGAUGCUCUGUUGGAGUUAGACAACACUAUAGGAAACCUAUUGACAACUCUUGAGAAGACAGGAGUGAUCAACAACACAUUGAUUUUCUUUUCUGCAGACAAUGGACCCGAGCUGAUGCGUAUGUCGCGUGGUGGUAACGCUGGCCCUUUGAAAUGUGGUAAAUCCACCACGUAUGAUGGAGGCAUGAGAGAGCCAGCCAUCGCCUACUGGCCCGGCACCAUCAGGCCAGGUGUGACACAUGAGUUGGCCAGUACUCUCGAUAUCCUCCCUACCUUUGUUACGCUGGCAGGAGCCAAACUGCCCAAGGUGAUGCUGGAUGGCGUCGAUAUGACUGAACUCCUUAUCAAACAGGCGAAGAGUAAAAGGGAGACAAUGAUGUUUUACCCCACAGAUGCCACAGAGAAGUACGGUCUCUUUGCCCUCAGGUUGGGGAAGUACAAGGCUCACUUCUAUACACAAGGUAGCAUCAAGAGCAGUACCACGCCAGACCAUGACUGCCCAGGGUCAGCAGUUCUCAAGGCGCAUGACCCUCCUCUGCUUUUCGACCUGGAGGCUGACCCCUCUGAGAACUACCCACUCCCUCUGUCGAAAAGACCCGACCUUCAAGCCGUGCUGGAGCAGAUCGAGAAAGUCAAGCAGCAGUUUGAGGCCUCCAUGGUGUUUGGCGUGAGCCAGAUUUCAAAAGGACAAGACUCCAGUCUGGAGCCGUGCUGCAAUCCUCAGUGUACGCCCAAGCCCAGCUGCUGCCAGUGUUGAUGGCUCUUCUUGUUUCAUCGACUCUUAAACCCUUAAACUUUCAUGGUGAUUCAUACUGAACAGUAUAAUUGGACCAAUCUUUUUCCUCAAUGAGGAGCUGAUUUUUAUUUGAUACGCUCUCUGGCCAAAUAUUUUUUUACACACUUGAAUUUGUGUUGCACUUUUAUCUUUUGAUAAUGUAGUCUCAACACAACAUCAGUCUGCAGUUCAAGAUACAGUUGGUCUAGUGUUGUGGGCUACAGUGGGUCAGUGGUACAGUGAGUCGUCUUUUACCUGGGCACUCAAGGGUUCAAUUCCUGGCUCCUCUAGUCAUGCUAAUGUGUCCCUGGGCAAGGCACUUAACCCCAUGAUGCUGAAGAGAUUGUCUGUGAAACUAAAUCUGCCUCAGACACUGAAGCAAUACAUGAAAAAAUGUAAGGGGAAAUGUGUGAUCCAAUGGCGCCCGCUAGUGAAAAAACAUAUGCAUUUUGGAAGCUUUUUAACAGACUAGUGCUCCUUUUUAUCUCUUCAGGUGUGUCAUGUGUGUGCAGAAAAGCAAAAGUGCUGGUGAAAUUGUGUUAAUAUUUGUUCACCGUCUGCCUCUGUUUCUUCAAACAAAGCUGCUGAAUUUAGGUCAGUACUAUAGAGAGAUGUAAAAGAUGUGAAAGAGAAUAGUAAAUCAAAACUAUCUAUCAGCCAAAUGUUUCCCUCAGGCUAAUCAGCAGUUCUGGACAGUCUGUGAGAUAAAUGCUUACACAAAUACACACAUAUACUGUAUGCAUGCACACACACGUUCAAACACAGGUUUUUGUAGUUAGUCUUGUUAGGAAACACCCCUAAAUUUGAUCAUAACCAGUAACUGCCUAACAUAACCACAGUUCACAUGAUCGUACACCAAACCAGUUUCUCAGAAAUCAGGUUUUGCCUCAUCAGACCUACUUGUCCUGAAAAGGUUUAUACCAGAAAAGGUCCCAUAGAGGUAACAAAUACAAGCACACUCAUGUGCAGGCAAAUGAUGCAUAAUUCAUCAAGAGCAAAAGGGCAACUAUUAUGUGAAUUAGAGUAAAAGGCCUUGUAUUCAUCACUGAAUCUGUUUUAGUAAUCUUUUGUAAAUGAAAUCUGUAAAGAGGGAAGUGUUGUGUUUCGGCUUGAUAUAUUCACAUCCUCAUUUUAUCCCUCUUAUAGACACACCAUGCCAGCUUAUUUAAAUGCAUACUGUGCCUUCCUUUUUCCUUUUCCGUGUCCAGUCGGGUGAAGCACGACUCUGAGAAUAAAUAAAUAGGCUCAGUGCUUUCAUUGUGGAUUACAAAAUCAACUGUGACGUCCACUUCUCCUGAAACCGGUGACUUGUGCUGCACUGCACCACAGAUUUAUUCCCUCUGUUGUUUGUGCAAAUGACCAUUUUUCAGGUCUCAAGUCAAGGUCACCACUGAGGACAGCUCCUCAGCUGCAGGCUUUAACACUAUCAACUGCAGUCAAAUGAUAAAUGUAACAUCAGACAUGCAGGGGAACCUGGACAGUCAACAUAAAGGGGAAGGUCACAAAAACUAAACUAAAAAGAAAAUGCAGCAAAGACACAAUUAGAGCACGUACUAAAUCAUGUGAGUGAGUCAGAAAUAAUAAAAUAAAACUUAUUUAUAAUAUAUAACUGUUGUGUAGUGCAGACAUCUUAAAACCUACUUUCAUGUUAUGUUUAAUUUGUUUAUUCACUACUUUUGCCUUCCUCUGAAUAUGUUUGUGUGCUGACGUAUGUUUGACUUUAUGAUGUAUGUUUACUUUAACCUCGGGAAACAGUUCUUAAGUGCUUAUUUGCUUGAAAAAUGUUAUCACUUUAGUAUAAUUUGAUGAAAACAAUCAUAGUGAUUCCUGUGAGCAGAAUGUUUUAGGGACCACACGGUGGUGUAGUGGUUAGUACUCUCGCCUUGCAGCGAGAAGACCCAGGUUCGAGCCCCGGUUGGAACAAGGGCCAGACUGACAGAAUAUUUCAGUAGUCCUUCCACCUCUCCCGGUAACAGACGUGUUUGUCAGUUGACUUGUGUAGUCUAAUAAAUCAA